AUGCUGCCCUCGCAGGAGGCCUCCAAGCUCUACCAUGACAACUACAUGCGGAACUCGCGGGCCAUCGGGGUGCUCUGGGCCAUCUUCACCAUCUGCUUCGCCAUCAUCAACGUGGUGGUUUUCAUCCAGCCCUACUGGAUCGGGGACAGCGUCAACACGCCCAAGCCGGGCUACUUCGGCCUCUUCCACUACUGCGUGGGCAACGGGCUGGCCAGCCGCGAGCUCGCCUGCCGCGGCUCCUUCGCCGACUUCAGCACCAUCCCCUCGGGCGCCUUCAAGGCGGCCUCCUUCUUCGUGCUGCUCUCCAUGGUGCUGAUCCUGGGCUGCAUCACCUGCUUCGCGCUCUUCUUCUUCUGCAACACCGCCACGGUCUACAAGAUCUGCGCCUGGAUGCAGCUGCUGGCGGCACUCUGCCUGGUGCUGGGCUGCAUGAUAUUUCCAGAUGGCUGGGAUGCAGAGACUGUCAGGGACAUGUGCGGGGAGAAGACAGGGAAGUACUCGCUGGGCGAUUGUUCUGUGCGCUGGGCCUACAUCCUUGCCAUCAUCGGCAUCCUCAACGCCCUCAUCCUCUCCUUCCUGGCCUUUGUCCUUGGCAACCGGCAGAAUGACCUGCUUCAUGAGGAGCUCAAGACAGAGAACAAAGAUUUUGUUGGCACUGCGAGGAUAUAAUGUAGAGAACAUGCAGAGGGCCCUUAUCUCGCUGGUACCUGGCUCAGACACUCUCUCUCUAUCCUGCCUUUUUUCUGCUGACGAUGGUUCCAUAACGUCAACCCGAAGCCUCAGAAUCUGCCAAC